AAAAUAUAUAGAUAUGAAGUCUAUUAUUUUAUAUGAGACAAUAAUCAUGGUGCUAAUUUUGUCCGUGUAUUGUGACCACGAGGAGAUUGAUGACCAAAUAAUCGCCGCAAUUGAUGACAAAAUUAAGUCCAAAAUGUGUGACCCGGAAGUCAUUACCGAUAGUAUCGCCGAAAAAUUGGAGAAAUGCGAGGAAAUGUAUCACAAAAAGUUGGACAUAGAGUUUGACAAGCUUGGACAUUUAGAGGAACAAUGCGAUAACCAUACUGACACGUUUAUGGACAAGUAUACAAAGCUAAAUGACCUACAUUAUAGACAUCAUUUAUCGGAUGUGUGCAAUGGCCAGCAUACAAAGUGCCAUGCUCAAAUGAAACAACAGGUACAGGAUAUUGUCACCAAGACUAAAAAUACUUUGAAUGACUGCUAUUCGAAAAUAUUUGGAAUAUAA